AUGACAGGAGGUGAGAAAGCACCUAUAGUAAAGGACGUUUCCCAUCAGCAAAAGCUUGAUGUAGAAUGUUUAUCAGCUCUAGAAAAAGAUGUCUCUGAAAUUAAACUCAAGAUGACCUCAAUUGAAGAAAUAUUGAGUUUUCAAUUUUCAACCAUCUGUAAACAUCUUGGUGUUCCAGUUCCGAUACAUCCAAACGGUGAAGCUCAACACAUUCCUUCAUACAGUGAUUCUGGUCAUCGCUCUAGUUUACUUAUUACUUCAGCCCGUCGCUGUAAAACUCAACAAUUGUUCAUGUUAGUGGCUUCUGAUGAAGAUACUUCUUCUCCACCUAUUGAGGACUCUGAGGAAGAGACAGUUUCUCCAACAACUUCUGGAGAUACAACCAUGGAGAUAUCUCUUCAUGCUUUGACUGGCCUUGUCAUCCAGAGUACAAUUAGAGUACCUGGUAAGCUCAUGAAACAAGAUAUCUUUGUUUUUAUUGAUACUGGUAGUACUCAUAGCUUUGUGGAUGCUUCCUUAGCUGAUAAAUUACAUUUAUACAUAGAUCUAACUAGUCAAAUAUUAGUGACAGUUUCAUAUGGUGAUACUACUGGAGGAUGUGACAUGGUAUUAGGGGUUGACUGGCUCAAGAAGUUAGAUGAUGUAGUUUUUAAUUUGGUUGACCUUAAGAUUACAUCUCUUCAACACAGCUAUGAUGAUGUCUUUAACUCACCAUCCACACUUCCUCCUACCAGAGAUACUGAACACAAAAUUCCCUUAAAUGCUAACUCAAUACCUACCUCUCAAAGACCUUACAGAUGUCCCUACAUACAGAAGGCAGUGGUAGAACAAUUGGUUCAAGAGAUGUUAGAUGCUGGCAUUAUUCAAGAAAGUACCAGUCCAUUUGCUGCACCCAUCUUAUUGGUCAAGAAAAAGGAUGGCUCAUGGAGAUUCUGUGUGGAAUAUAGGAAACUGAAUGAUAUGACUGUUAAAGAUAAGUUUCCCAUUCCUCUUAUUGAAGAGUUGCUUGAUGAAUUAAAUGGAACUGCCAUAUUCACCAAAUUGGAUCUUAAAGCAGGAUAUUACCAAAUUAGAAUGAACAUUGAAGAUAUCUACAAAACUGCUUUCAGAAAUCUUCAUGGGUAUUAUGAGUUCAAGGUGAUGUCAUUUGGCCUUACAAAUGCACCUGCUACAUUUCAAUCUCUCAUGAAUAAGGUGUUUCAACCAUUCCUUAGGAAGUUUAUAUUAGUGUUUUUUGAUGAUAUUCUUGUUUACAGCAAGUCCCUUGAGGAACACAUGUUCCAUCUCUCACAACUGAGAAGAAAUGGCUCUACUACUGAGCUGUUAAUGGAAGUGGAUGUUGAUGUUGCUGCCAGAGAUUGGCAGGAUGUAGUGAUGCUGAGAAGGCUAGAGCUGGAUGAUUUCGCAGCUACGAGAUAA